CGUCUUGGUAUAAAUAGCGCCAAGCAGCCCACGGAGUCAGCAUUACACUGUUGAACAUCGCUCCAAAUUAUCAACCCUGUUCGCUCCCGAAAUUUGACAAGAUCUCCACCCACUAUAUAAGAGCCGCGUUUUGAUCUACGAAGAGUUGAAGUUAUCAGCCCAUCAUCACCAUGCAGUUAGUAAUGCAAGUACUUGGCAGUCUGAUGUUGCUUUUUGCAGUCGGUAUUUCCGCAGAUAGUUCACCCAAACCAAUCAAUGUGCCCGUUGUAACGAAGUACAGCACAACGGAGGUGUCGACAGCCCACCAGGAUGAGACGAUGUCUCUGAUUGGUUUGUUGUGCAAACAGUCUAAGGGCAUGGCGGUGAACGUGACCGUAAUGCUGAUUAACAAUCCUGACUGGGAUCCUACGUAUGGUGUCUUUAGAUACUACGUCGUCGACGCACCUGGAAAGACAGCUUCCAGUGCUUUGUGUACUAAUCUCAAAUCCGACGGUACUGCAGGACCCACCUGUUUAAUUAAGGCGUGGCCCAGCACCAAUGAUAUCUACAUAAAGGGCACAGCCGGGGGCGUAGAGGCCAUCUCCUUUACACUAGAUGCUGAGAUGUUUCCUUCGAGCAGUGCCGAGGCCGCCCUCAUCCGAUCACAGGCGACCAGGCCCAAGCACUAUAACCCAAAGUAUUUCCAGCACCCCAAGUUCCCUAUGACCGAACGUGAUCCUGUGUACCUCACUGAGAUAGUAACCAUUGCUUCCAUUCAGUCUAUCGUGUACAAGGGGAAAGCUCUCUUAAACUUCACCUUUUGCCCAACACCCAAGACUGGGUCACGCUACGAGGUUCGAGGAACAGUAACUGGCAUAGAUGGCCAGAGUUCCUAUACGCAGUACCUGUGCACAAGUCUCCCAUGUGUGGUUGAUGGAGCAAACGUCAUCGCACACAACGGUCGCCAGGUACCUUCAAAUACCGUGACAACAGCCUCUGGUCAAUGGCAAAAUCUGUACGCCCUCAUCGUCUGCUGGGGCGGAGUCUACGACCCAGUGAAGGACAACUACUACGGUGGUUUCCUCUUCAAUGCUAAUCAGUUGAUGAGUACCUAGAGAGGGCGAUAGACACCUUUAAAGGCACUGGACACUAUUGGUCAUUACUCAAAAUAAUUGUUAGCAUAAAAACUAAAUGAGCAAUGGAGA